UUGUAGGUUAGGGAUGUUUGUUUACUAACGACAGACGUCAAAAAACGCUCACUUGCUUUUAGUAAAUCGUAAAUUUCUGAGGUGUAUGAUCGCCUUAUGCCUAAAAUCAUUUUAGAAGAAGCAACAAGAAACUAUUAAGUGAAAUCAACGAAUAAGAGAAGUGAUAGAAAACAAUGAAUCCUUUAACAAAUGUUAAAAAUAUUGCGAAACUUGGACAACAAGAACUAGAUGGAAAUUUGAAAACUUCUUGGCAUGAGCAGUACAAAGACAGUGCCUGGGUUUUUGUAGGUGGGCUCCCAUAUAAUUUAACUGAAGGGGAUAUAGUCGCUGUAUUUUCUCAGUAUGGAAAAAUUGUUAAUAUUAACCUUGUACGGGAUAAAAUAACUGGAAAACAAAAGGGUUAUGGGUUUCUUUGUUAUGAAGACCAAAGAAGUACAAUAUUAGCCGUUGAUAAUUUAAAUAGUAUUAAAAUUUUAGGAAGAACAAUUCGAGUGGAUCAUGUUGCGAACUAUAAGGUGCCAAAAGUACCAGAAAAAAAGUCUACCGAACACAGAAGGUCUGACAGAUGAUUAAACAUACCCAAUAUGAAAUGAAUUUUUAAAAACAUCUUUUAACACAAGAAUGUACAUAUAAUUUUAAAUAAAAGUUAUUUUUCUACCUA